AUGGACUUCAUCGUCGGAUCGUUCAACCACUCAUCGCUCUAUCUGCUACAGUUCACUCCAGCUUCCGGGUCCAACGAAUCAUCCUUGAAGGUCAUCAGAGAGCACCCUGCCAUCGCAGGUCAUUCGUGGCUCUCGCUGUCCCAGGAUAAGAAGUUUCUAUACUGCACAGCGUGGCUUGAAAAGCCCGCCAUCGCCGCCUACCGAGUUGGAGCCAACGGCCGUGACAUUCAGUUCCUCAAUGCGAAGAACGUCAAAGCACUUUCCGGCUAUGUUUGCAGCAACCAGAGCCACGUCUUUAGUGCUGGUGGUCCAUCGGGCGAAGUCUUCCGCCGUGAAGCAGAUGGCACAAUCGGCGACUUGGUACAAGAAUUGGACUACGUGUCCGGCCAGGGCGAGAACCAGAGCGAGAAGCGUGGCGACGUGGCCCAUGGUAGUUUUGGUGGACUUCGGCAUGGCGCCCACAGUGUGGAUCUAAGCCCCGAUGGCGAAAGUCUCUAUGUCGCAGACAUUGGCCGAAAUUGCAUCUGGACCUACAAGGUAAUUCACAGCAAGAGAGGUAUCUCGGAUCCGCCCCUUGAACUCAGUAGCAAGCACAUCUCGCCUCGUGAGCAUGAUGGUCCGAGACACACCUGGCCUCAUCCGAACGGAAAGGUUUUGUACAGUCUACAAGAGCACAGCAGCAUGGUCGAUGUCUUCGCCAUUGCUGAAGAUGGAGUAACGCUUGAGCACAAACAAGGAUGUAGUGUUCUACCCUCUGGAAAAGAUUGCAAGAAGUACUGGGCCGAUGAAGUGCGGCAUUCCACAGGUCCCGAUCCAGCGAAGCCAAGGUACCUUUACGCAUCGAACAGAGGACUGGACGCUGGUACCAUGGGCCACGUUGCGGCAUAUAAGCUGAAAGACGAUGGCUUUCUGAAGAGCGAGGACCCGAUCGAUAUAUUCGAGACUCCGACCAGUGGUGGACUUGCCAAUGCUGUCGAGCCAGCUCCAUGGACGAAACACACUGGCGACGAAGAAUACCUGGCACUGACCGACAGCCAAGAUGGCUGGGUCUCAAUCCUCUCGUUCGAUGGCAAGAAGAUCAAAGAAGUCUCCAAGGUCAAUUUAGGCAAGACAAAUGAUGGGAAGGUGGUGACUUUCGCUUGGCAAGCAAUCACGAUCCUGUCCGGGACCCAGGGUAUACAGAGAGUGUCGGAGAACCGCACCAUCGAGUAUUACCCCAACAACAUCGUCAUCGGCACAGUCCGCGACAUCUCCGCAACACAAGCCCGCCUCUCCAAGGACGGCAUCACCAGCUCCAACAUCCACCUCCUCCCCGUCGAAAUCACCAACGCCGCCUCUGUCCAAAAAGCAGCCCAAGACGUUGCCGCCAUCACAGGUGGAAGUCUCGACUUCCUCAUCCAGAACGCGGCCUUGGUCGACACCAGCACCGCUUACAAGUCUGUCCUAGACCUCGAUCCGCAGGAGCUCGGGGAGCGUCUGAAAGCCUCGUUCGAUCCUAAUGUGGUGGGGACAGCUUAUGUCCUCAGCUAUUUCAUUCCUUUGAUCCGUCAGAGCCAGGGCAAGAAAGUUCUCGUAACGAGCACAGGUAUGGCGGACCUCGAUAUCAUCAAUAAAUUCGACCUUGAAUUUGCGGUUCCUUAUUCCGUCUCCAAGGCUGCCAUGAACCUUUUAGUGGGCAAGUAUCAUGCUGCUGUGGGCAGGAGCGAUGGCAUCUUGGUCUUCUCAGUCUCGCCGGGGUUCGUUGAUACGAGCGAAGGGAAGCAGCCUACCGAGGAGGAACUGAAGGGAAUGCAGGCCAUGGGAGCGAAGUUUGCGACUUAUACGCCGGACUUUUCCGGGCCAAUCACUGUCGGCGAAAGUGUUGGAGAUAUGGCAAAGCUGUUGAAGAGGGCGACAGUAGACGAGUUCGGAGGGGGCUUCGUCAGUCAGAAAGGGGAUAAGAAAUGGUUGUAA